AAAGUUUAUCUUGAGAUUUCAUGGUGUAUAAAAUCAGGAAAAAAAAAGUGGCUAAUCGAAGAGGUCACAAUGGCAGAAUACUCUAUUGUUAAUUGUGUAUAAAAUGCUUCGUAAAGCCAAAAGAAUGUCAUGUCUUCUCUCCCAAACACUACUUCCUUCUUCAGCUGCUAAUUCCAUCUGUAAUUUCAAGCCUACUAUCGCUCCACAUCAUCUUCUUCUUCCGAGGUUGUUGGGUUUAAGACCCAAGAUUGGAUUUUUGGGUUCAGUGAGAGGAAUGGCAACGAAAAUGGAUAGCAUUCAGCAAAACCCUGAGGCCAUUUCGUACCUAAACCAGAAAGAAGCUGCUGAAAUUGAUGAGAUACUUAUGGGUCCUCUUGGUUUCAGUGUUGAUCAACUUAUGGAACUGGCUGGCUUGAGUGUUGCUGCUGCAAUUGCUGAGGUCUACAGACCAAGUGAGUACAGUCGUGUUCUUACUAUUUGCGGUCCUGGUAAUAAUGGCGGUGAUGGUCUUGUAGCUGCUCGUCAUCUAUAUCAUUUUGGCUAUAAACCAUUCAUAUGUUACCCUAAGCGUACUGCUAAGCCUCUUUAUGAUGGCUUGGUAACUCAGCUUGAGUCGCUGUCAGUUCCUUUCUUGUUAUUGGAAGAUUUGCCAAAGGACUUCUCUGACAGCUUUGACAUUCUAGUGGAUGCAAUGUUCGGAUUCUCGUUCCAUGGUAGCCCAAGGCCACCUUUUGAUGACUUAAUCCAGAGACUGGUGGCACUAAAGCUUAAUGGCGAUACACAUCAGAAAUCACCUGCCAUCAUCUCUAUAGAUAUUCCAUCUGGAUGGAAUGUGGAAGAGGGGGAUUUAAGUGGUGAAGGUAUUCAACCUGACAUGCUGGUUUCUCUAACUGCCCCAAAAUUGUGUGCCAAAAGGUUUUCUGGCUCGCACCACUUUUUAGGUGGCAGAUUUGUUCCACCAUCCAUCAGAAACAAAUUUAAUCUUCAAUUACCAGCAUAUCCUGGCACUUCCAUGUGUGUCCGUAUUGGCAAGCCCCCAAAAAUUGACAUAUCAUCUCUGAGGGAGAACUAUAUUUCUCCUGCGUUGCUUGAGGAAGAGGUCGUCGCUGACCCCUUUGAUCAGUUCCAAAAGUGGUUUGAUGAUGCAAUGAUCGCAGGCUUGAAGGAACCAAAUGCCAUGGCCUUGUCAACUACUGGAAAAGAUGGCAAGCCUUCAUCAAGGAUCGUAUUGCUGAAAGGGUUUGACAAGGAUGGUUUUGUCUGGUACACCAAUUAUGAAGGCAGAAAAGGUCAACAAAUAGCUGAAAAUCCUCAUGCCGCACUCCUCUUUUAUUGGGAUGAUUUGAACCGCCAGGUAAGAAUCGAAGGGCCGGUGCAAAAAGUUUCUGAUGAGGAAUCUGAGCAAUAUUUCCACAGUCGUCCUCGGGGAAGUCAGAUUGGUGCCAUAGUUAGCCAGCAGAGCACAGUUAUUCCAGGAAGGCAUGUCCUCCUUGAUGAAUACAAACAGUUGGAGGCAAAAUACUCUGAUGGAAGCGUGAUUCCCAAACCAAAACACUGGGGAGGGUACCGGCUUAAACCUGAAAUGUUUGAAUUUUGGCAAGGACAGAAAUCUCGCUUGCAUGACAGGUUGCGUUACAUCCCGGAAACAGCUGAUGGAAAAACAGUGUGGAGGAUUGAGAGAUUGGCUCCAUGACUUUUGUUGAGAGCAUCUUCAUUAUGAGGAUGCCGAUUUGUUGUACUUCCCUUUUCUCCUCUCCCCGCCUUGUUGAUCAUGAGUGUAUAUUGCGGAGUCGAGGCAACUUUCCAGGCACCAAUAAAGUUUGUUACCAUUUUUAUCAGACUACUGGUUAAUAUUUAUAAUAGAGAUUUACAUUUAAUCACUUUA